AUGGCUCCUUUGAACGUUUGCAUGGUCGGUACCGGCGAGUACACGACUGGUUUCGUCGGUGGCGGUGCCUCUGGCUCAGACAAGAAGGUCGGUGUUGUUGGCCUGACGCUCUUCGAUCUGAGACGACGCGGCAAGGUUGGUAACCUGAGCAUGGUGGGAACCUCUGGAAACAAGUUUCCUGCAAUCCGCGAGCACUUGACCAAGAACAUCUCCCAAGUCUACAAUGGAUUGGACACAUCUUUCGAGUCGUACCCGGCCAACGACCAACGCGACCCUGAAGCCUUCAAGAAGGCAAUCGAUGCUCUGUCACCUGGCGAUGCCAUCACCAUCUUCACUCCCGACCCGACGCAUUUCCCCAUUGCCAUGUACGCUAUCGAGAGAGGCAUACAUGUCAUGAUCACCAAGCCUGCCGUUAAGCUUUUGUCCGAGCAUCAACAACUGCUCGAGGCCAGCAAGAAGCAUGGUGUCUUUGUGUAUAUCGAGCACCACAAGCGCUUCGACCCUGCCUACGCAGAUGCUCGUCACCGCGCUCUCAAGACUUUGGGGGAAUUCAACUAUUUCUACAGCUACAUGUCACAGCCCAAGUCGCAACUUGAGACCUUCAAGGCCUGGGCUGGCAAGGAGUCCGACAUCUCGUACUAUCUCAACUCUCAUCACAUCGACGUAAACGAGAGCAUGGUCCCAGACUACAAGCCCAUCAAGGUCACUGGCAGUGCGAGCAAGGGUAUUGCGACUGACUUGGGCUGUGUUGAAGAGACCGAGGACACGAUCACGUUGGUCGUCGACUGGGAGAAGAAGGAUGGCAGUGGAAGACGUGCUACCGGUGUUUACACUGCAAGCUGGACUGCUCCGCAAAAGGCCGGAGUGCACAGCAAUCAAUACUUCCACUACAUGGCCAGCAAGGGUGAGGUUCGUGUCAACCAAGCCAAGAGAGGUUACGACGUUACCGAGGACGAGUCUGGCCUCACCUGGUACAACCCUUUCUACAUGAAGUACGCUCCCGACGAGUCAGGUGACUUUGCUGGUCAAGGAGGUUAUGGAUACGUUUCAUUCGAGAAGUUCGUUGAUGCCAUUGCGGCGCUCAAGGAUGGGAAGGCAUCUCUCGAUGACCUUGACAAGCGUGGUCUGCCAACAUUGAAGAACACUAUUGCUACGGGAGCCAUUCUUGAGGCCGGCAGGAGGAGUCUGGAUGAGAACAGAUCGAUCCAGAUCGUCGAGAAGGACGGUCAAUGGGAGCUGAAGUAG